AUGACUUCUAAAAUUAUCGAAGGUGGCCUUGCGGCCUCCAAGUCGUUUUUUGCCAUAUUGAGUGCCUUCUUCCUCACAAUGGUUUCUUUCCUUGAGCCUAUCUUUAAAUCUCUUUUUAUUGGUUUCUGGAAGAUCGUCAACACUUUCAUUCACUGGCACAAACUCCCCGCCUGGAUUGGCAUCUUCAACCUCCUCGCUUUGCGCUACGAGCUUCGCAAAAAGAACUUGUACGACACUUAUCCUGACGCCGGGUCUCAGGGUACCGUUGCAUCAUGCCCAAUGAAGGACUCAAAGUUCAUUUCUUCGCGAAAUUCGAAUGGCUAUUUCAAUGAUCUUAGUGCACCCAAGAUGGGAUGCGUUGGAAUGAGGUUCGGUCGCAAUGUGCCGAGAGAUCAAACCAAACCACCCAGCCAGAAGGAGCUUCUCACACCAAAUCCGAGAGUCAUCUCCGAGAGAAUCCUUGCGCGGCCCGAUGGCGAGUUCAAGCCUGCCGUCAUUGUGAACUUGCUCGCUGCUGCUUGGAUCCAGUUCCAGGUGCACGAUUGGGCGCAGCACAUGUUCGACACAAGAAGAGAGACUCACAUUGACAUUCCCUUGAACCCAGAUGAUGGAUGGUCUGACAAGAAGAUGGCCGUUCCACGUACUAAAAAGGCCGAUGAUCUCUCUGAGCAGGAUGCCGAAACACCAGCGUACGACAACGAGAACACACACUGGUGGGACGCCUCCCAGAUCUAUGGGUCUACCGAGGCCGAAACGAGAGAACUGCGGGCCAAGUGUGACAAGACUCAUCCCGGGCAGCUUGCAGUUACUGUUGGCGAUGGAGAGCAGUUCUUACCCCGUGGAGAGGACAACAUUCCCCUCACAGGGUUUCGUCAGAAUUGGUGGCUUGGGCUUGAACUUUUGCACACCCUCUUCGCCCUCGAGCAUAACGCCAUCGCUAAGCAGCUUCACAUUUCAAAUCCUACCUGGCCGAGCGAUCGGAUCUUCGACACUGCCAGACUGGUCAACUGUGCGCUAAUGGCUAAGAUCCAUACUGUUGAGUGGACGCCUGGUAUUCUGCAACACCCCACCCUACAGAUCGCCAUGGAUGCGAACUGGUGGGGGCUUCUAGGUGAAAAGCUCUGGCACGUCUUUGGAAGGCCUUUUGGAAACAAGUCCGAAGUUCUUUCCGGCAUUCCAGGCUCGGAUGUCAACCACGAUAAUAUUCCAUACUCUCUCACCGAGGAGUUUGUGUCUGUCUACCGUCUCCACCCUCUCAUCCCGGAUAACAUCGCCUUCUUCAACGUCAAGGACGGCCAGCACGAGGGCACACUCCCAAUCAAGGAAGUUGCUUUCGAGUCCGCCCGCAAACCUCUGGAGGCAAAGGCUGAAGAUAAUCAGGGAGAUAACGGACGCUUGGGACUGGACUUUGCAGACGUUUUUUACUCCUUCGGCGUUAACUACCCAGGUGCGAUACGUGCCCGCAACAUGCCUAACUUCCUUCGUGACUUGGCUAUCCCGAAAGACAAGGACUUCCCCGAGGGCCGUCACUUGGACUUGGGUGCUAUCGACAUCCUUCGGGAUCGUGAACGCGGCGUCCCUCGCUACAAUGCCUUCCGUCGUCUGUUUCACAUGCCCCCCGCCCGCACCUUUAUCGAGCUCACCGGUGGCGAUGAGAAGCUGGCUGCUGAUCUGGAUGAGGUCUACAACGGUGACAUCGAGGCCGUGGACCUCCUUGUCGGCACUCUCAGCGAGCCUCUGCCUGAAGGUUUCGGCUUCAGUGACACUGCCUUCCGUGUGUUCAUUCUGAUGGCCAGUCGCCGUAUCAAGUCUGACCGUUUCCUUGCCGGCGAUGGUUGGUGCCCAGAGAUUUACACCCAUGAAGGCAUCAACUGGGUGCAGAAUAAUACCAUGAAAGAUGUGCUCUGCAGGCAUUUCCCUGAACUUGCUGGGCCACUGCAUAAUGUUAAGAAUGCUUUUGCUCCCUGGGCCAAAAUUGGUCAGACUGACAAAUACAUGGGCGUGGAGACAAACAAACCAGAGGACCUGGCUGCCGCGAGGGCCUCAGACAGGGUUUAUUAA